AUGGUCAAUGUGGGCCCAAGUGUGGCGGCCAAUGUGACGGUCACUGACGUGGCUUUGGCGGGUCUGACCUUUUACGGCACUCCGGUGGUUACGGGUGGCUCGCUGGCCAGCAAUAACGCGAGUGGACUGACGGUGACGCAGGCCAGCCUGGCCGUAGGAAGCACGAUCACCAUCGUGGUCAGCGCCACGGUGACGGCAGCUACUGGCAGCGUGACCAACACCGUGGCCGGUACGUCUACAACCCCCGACCUGACCACGGGUAAUAACACGGCGACUGCAGUGACUCCGGUGGCCAGUCAGGCCGACCUGACGCUGACCAAGGUGGCAUCGAGCAACAGUGUGACGGCAGGCGGCACGUGCCGGCUUGACCUUGGUGAGCUCAAGCGGAAACAACGGCACGGUGACAGGCGCGGCAGUAGGCGGCACAGUCGGCGCGACCACGACCAGCCUGGCGCUGGGCCAGACCUUGACCCUGAUCGUCAACGCCACGGUGAGCAACUCCGCCAGCGGCAGCGUGACCAACACGGCAGUGGGCACCAGCACCACGCCAGACCCAAGCCCGACCAACACGGUGACCGUGGUGGUGCCGGUGGCCAGCGUGGCCGACCUGACGCUGACCAAGGUGGCAUCGAGCAACAGUGUGACGGCAGGCGGCACGGUCAGCUACACGGUGACGCUGGUCAACCUGGGCCCGAGCACGGCACAGAACGUGACCAUCACCGACAUAUUGAGUGCCGGGUUGACCUUGGUGAGCUCAAGCGGAAACAACGGCACGGUGACAGGCGCGGCAGGGGCCACAGUCGGCGCGACCACGACCAGCCUGGCGCUGGGCCAGACCUUGACCCUGAUCGUCAACGCCACGGUGAGCAACUCCGCCAGCGGCAGCGUGACCAACACGGCAGUGGGCACCAGCACCACGCCAGACCCAAGCCCGACCAACACGGUGACCGUGGUGGUGCCGGUGGCCAGCGUGGCCGACCUGACGCUGACCAAGGUCGCCAGCGUCGGCAGCGGCUCGGCGACCGCUGGGUCGACCAUCAGCUACACGGUGACGCUGGUCAACCUGGGCCCGAGCACGGCACAGAACGUGACCAUCACCGACAUAUUGAGUGCCGGCUUGACCUUGGUGAGCUCAAGCGGAAACAACGGCACGGUGACAGGCGCGGCAGUAGGCGGCACAGUCGGCGCGACCACGACCAGCCUGGCGCUGGGCCAGACCUUGACCCUGAUCGUCAACGCCACGGUGGCAUCGAGCAACAGUGUGACGGCAGGCGGCACGGUCAGCUACACGGUGACGCUGGUCAACCUGGGCCCGAGCACGGCACAGAACGUGACCAUCACCGACAUAUUGAGUGCCGGGUUGACCUUGGUGAGCUCAAGCGGAAACAACGGCACGGUGACAGGCGCGGCAGUAGGCGGCACAGUCGGCGCGACCACGACCAGCCUGGCGCUGGGCCAGACCUUGACCCUGAUCGUCAACGCCACGGUGAGCAACUCCGCCAGCGGCAGCGUGACCAACACGGCAGUGGGCACCAGCACCACGCCAGACCCAAGCCCGACCAACACGGUGACCGUGGUGGUGCCGGUGGCCAGCGUGGCCGACCUGACGCUGACCAAGGUGGCAUCGAGCAACAGUGUGACGGCAGGCGGCACGGUCAGCUACACGGUGACGCUGGUCAACCUGGGCCCGAGCACGGCACAGAACGUGACCAUCACCGACAUAUUGAGUGCCGGGUUGACCUUGGUGAGCUCAAGCGGAAACAACGGCACGGUGACAGGCGCGGCAGUAGGCGGCACAGUCGGCGCGACCACGACCAGCCUGGCGCUGGGCCAGACCUUGACCCUGAUCGUCAACGCCACGUGCCGGGUUGA